GUAACGACAACAGCAUGGACAGCUUUGUGCAGCGUGUUCAAAAUAUGGCCAUCGGCGGCAGGUACCACUUGGUGCGAAAAUUAGGAUCUGGUUCCUUUGGCAAUGUCUAUCUGGGGCGUGACGCUGAAACCGGCAACGAAGUCGCCAUGAAACUCGAACAUCACAGUAUCGCGCCAUCUUUGCUUGAGGAGGAAGUGGGCAUCUAUCAAUCCCUGGCCGGGAAAGCUGGUUUUCCUCAGGUAUACUGGCAUGGACAUCAAGAUGACUUUACCAUUUUGGUCUUCGAACUGCUAGGGCCGAACUUGGAAGACUUAUUCCGAUAUUGUGGCAACCAAUUCUCGUUGAAGACGACGCUGAUGCUCGCCGACCAACUACUUCGUCGCUUCGAGAGUCUUCAUUCAAACAAUUACCUUCACCGGGAUGUCAAGCCUGAAAACUUCCUCCUGGGUAUGGGUGAGCGGGGGAAUGUUGUCUACAUGACCGAUUUAGGUCUUGCGAUCUACCGCCGCCCUGACCAGUGGAGCUCGAGUACCACUCCUCCCCGUGCUGUGACAGCGCGUCCUCCUCAGCUAUUAGGCACAUGCAGAUACGCGAGCAUCAACGGGCAUUUAGGCGUUGCGCAAUCCCGACGCGAUGACUUGGAGGCACUAGGCUACAUGCUGGUGUAUUUCAUGCGUGGGAGACUUCCUUGGCAAGGCCUCAAGGCGAAACGGGAUGCCAAAUAUCUGCUGGUUUUGGAGAAGAAGCAGACAAUCAGUGCGCACGAACUUUGUGCAGGUCUACCAAGCGAGUUUGAGGACUACAUGAAUUAUGUCCGCAACUUGCGCGACGAGGAUCAGCCGGACUAUCAGCACCUGCGGAAAAUAUUCAACAAGCUGUUUCGCCGACAAGGGUUCGAAUACGACAACGCCUUUGACUGGACGAUUCGAGAAUUCCUGAGGCUGGAGCCAAAAGCCCAAGAAUCGCUUGCAUCGGGAGGUGCGGAUGAACGACGAGAAGAGGAGACUCCGAGGCCAUCAGGCGAUGCAGCACGGAAUGUGACCAAGGCGGCACGUCGAAAGAGGUGAUGAUAUGCUCGACAUGCAUGAGGAGGACCAAUAGACAUGCCAAUCAUGACUUUCGCGCCCUCCCGUAUGCAUCUAAAAGCUGAUGAUCGGUUCCUAUGGUCCGUGCCUAUUAUGACACUGCAGGGUGGCUGUUAUCGAUCAUCGGGAGCCAACCAUUUCGCAGGCAGCAAUACCUACAGAGAGCCAGGAAGCGUCGAAGGCUGAUCAUUGGUUGGUACUACCACACCACCGAGCGAAAGACUGUACGGUCUGUGCCGCACCAAGCUUCAAACCAUUAAAUGCUUUACCGGUCGAGAGCCUGGUCAUAGUUGUUGCCUGUGCGGUGACCGUUCUGGCGACCACCCUCGAAAGCCGGUGGGUAAGCUUGGUGACAGGGCAGAAGAGAAGUUGACAUGGCUGAUGGGAUCGAAGAGCUUACCUGUUCGAGCUCCUCUGCAAUACGGUGGUCAAGCGCUCGCUAUUCCAGGAAAUUUGGGACUCGGUGAGUAGCAGGGGUGUUCCAAUCACAUACGCUGGCUUGUCCCGUUCUUUAUCCCUGACCAGUUAGAGGGCUAGCAUAGCGUCACAACUCAGAAAGUCGAUACUCCUUGUUUCAAAAAACCCCUCAGAGAGUCAAC